AUGUCCGGUUUUCGUGGACCCCCCAGGAAGGGAGAGAAUUUCGAGCUCAGCGCCGACCUAAACAGCGAACACCGGGAAAAGCGCAAGGAUGCAAUCAAGAAGGUUAUUGCGAACAUGACCGUUCAGAAGGACGUCAGCGGUCUCUUUCCGGACGUCCUGAAGAACAUGCAGACAGACGACCUCGAGCAGAAGAAGCUCGUCUACCUCUACCUCAUGAAUUAUGCCAAGACGCAACCAGAACUUGUUAUUCUUGCCGUGAACACCUUUGUGAAAGAUACCGAUGACCCCAACCCGCUCGUGCGCGCUCUCGCGAUUCGGACCAUGGGUUGCCUGCGCGCAGAGAAGAUUAUUGACUACCUGUGCGACCCGCUGCGGAAAUGUCUGCACGAUGACAACCCAUACGUGCGCAAGACCGCUGCCUUGUGUGUUGCGAAGCUGUACGAUCUCAAGCCCGAGUUAGUGAUCGAGAAUGGGUUCUUGGAGACGUUGCAGGACAUGAUCGGAGAUAGUAAUCCUAUGGUUGUAGCGAAUACCGUGGCGGCCUUAACUGACAUCCAUAUCGCUGCUGUUGCUUCUGGCUCGACGAAAGAAACGUUCGUCAUCACCUCUACCAUCCUCAACAAGCUGCUUGUCGCGCUCAACGAAUGUUCUGAGUGGGGGCGUGUAGCAAUAUUGAAUGCUUUGGCUCGAUUUGAGACGUCGGAUGAUCGGGAGAGCGAGCACAUAUGCGAGCGCGUCGUUCCUCAGUUUCAGCACGCCAAUGCUAGUGUUGUCCUUGCCGCCAUGAAGGUCAUCAUGAUUCAUAUGCGUGGUGUACACUCCGAGAGUCUCACCAAGCAGCUCGUCCGGAAAAUGGCUCCACCUCUCGUCACACUUCUCUCGAACCCCCCAGAAGUGCAGUGGGUUGCGCUCCGGAACAUCAACCUCCUCCUGCAAAAGCGCCCUGAGAUCCUCUCGAACGAGAUGCGCGUUUUCUUUUGCAAGUAUAACGACCCGUUGUACGUGAAGGUCGAAAAGCUGGACAUCAUGGUCCGAUUAGCUGGGGAGAGCAACGUAGAUGCUCUACUAAGCGAGUUGAAGGAGUAUGCUUCGGAAGUAGACGUCGACUUCGUACGACGAAGCAUCAAGGCGAUUGGUCAGACGGCCAUCAAGAUUGAUGAAGCUGCUGAGCGCUGUGUCAAUGUCUUACUGGAUCUCAUCAAUACCCGUGUCAGUUAUGUCGUCCAAGAAGCAGUUGUGGUUAUGAAGGAUAUAUUCCGAAAAUACCCCUCCACCUACGAAGGUGUCAUCCCGACACUAUGCGCGAAUCUGGAAGAACUGGACGAGCCGGAAGCAAAAGCCUCUCUCAUCUGGAUCAUUGGGGAGUACGCCAACAAGAUAGACAACGCGGAUGAGCUCCUGGGAAUCUUCGUAGACACGUUCACAGAAGAGUCGUAUCCCGUGCAAUUGCAAACAUUAACAGCGGUCGUUAAGCUAUUCCUUCAGAAACCGGACAGUUCGCAAGGCUUGGUACAACGGAUCCUCAACACUGCAACGAAGGACUGCGACUCGCCAGACGUUCGGGAUCGCGCGUAUAUCUAUUGGCGCCUGCUAUCAACAGAUCCAGGCGCAGCCAAGGCUGUCGUGCUCUCACACAGACCACCAAUCUCGCUGCCACGGACAACCGUGUCACCACAACUACUUGAAGAAUUGCUGGGAGAAAUCUCAAGCCUUGCCAGCGUGUACCACAAGCCUGCAGAAACAUUCGUCGGCCGGGGCCGCAUCGGCAUUGAUUCAGUGCAACGAAGGGGUACAGACUCAGAAUUGGCAGAUGACCGGUCUGCAACGCAGAAGGCGCUGCAGACCGUGGCGGCAGGCCAGCAGGCGGAGAACCUGCUCGAUUUCUCAGAUGUAGAUGGGGUGGAUGGGCAGCAGCCAUCCGGCCUCGCUGCAACGACAGUUCUCACCGAGACGCCCGCUGCGGCGAACCUACUCGCGGGAACAUCGAGCAACCCGCUCGACGAUCUCGUGUCGAUAUUCGGCAGCGUUGCGGGCGGUCCAGCAGCGCAGCUGCCAAGCGCGAAUCCUCUGGGAGGAUUCGCGUUUGGGGCACCUGCUUCGCCCAUGCCACCCGCGAUACCGUCAGUUGUCCAGACACCCCAGCCACAGCCGCAGGAGGCACAAAACGAUCUAUUGGGACUUUUCUAG